GCUAACAAAAACAGCUGCUUGCACUAUGAAUGCUUGAUGUAUUGCCAUUCACAUUUUGCACAGACAAGCAUGCACGGCUGCUGUCAAAUUAGUUGUAAAUAAAUUAAAACAUAAAAUGCCAGAACAGGCAGUCAAUGAAUCCACAUUAAGACUCCCAUUUGAUACGCCGCAGCACGCUGAAAUUGCCUAUCGCGUGCUCAGUGUGGAUCAAGAGCCUCGACGUAAUUUUGUGCGCAAAACACUCAGCUUGGAGGAAAAUGUGCUUGUUGUCCAGUUCAGUGCUGAUCAAGUGAAGAAUCUACGUACUGCCAUCAGCUCGUUCUUUGAGUGUCUACUGCUUUGCCAAGACACUAUUCGACUCUUUGGAGAUGACGGAACACAGCCCAGCGCCAACUCCGCAUAG